AUGGCGCAAACCCCCAAAGAUGCGCUAUCAGCGUUUCAAAAACUUAACGAUUCUGUUUAUAUCUCAGAUCCGGAGAAUUACCAUGGAAAUGGACCUCUGGUCCUCCUAUCAUUUUGGAUGAAUGCUACACCCCGCCCGAUUGCUCGAUAUGUGAUGGAAUAUCGGCGUCUACUGCCCUCCGCUCGCUUCGUGAUUGUGCUCGCCGAAACAAAUGAUUUCAUCUUCAAAUCCAAAGAUGCCACCCAAGACACGAUACUCUUGCCCGCUGUGGAUGCGCUCCGCUCAUUUGCUGGCCCCGACAAACCAGUGUUCAUCCACCUAUUCUCCAAUGGCGGCGUGUUCAAAGUAUCCAACUUGCUACGCUUGUACAAAUCAAAAACCGGUACGGCCUUGCCUAUCUCUUCGAUGAUAUUUGACAGUGCGCCCGGCGUUUCGACAAUUAAGUCUGGCGUCAGGGCUAUUUCUUUCCAACUUCCGAAAUUCUGGAUUUGGCGGAUGCUUUCGAAGACUGCGUUGUGGUUAUUUUUGGUAUUUUUGGAAGUUUGUCGAAAGAUAACUAGAACUCCUAAUGCAAUGGACGUUGCUAGUCGCAGAAUCAACGACCAAUCUCUCUAUACUCCUCCUACCGAGGGCUUGACUCGUUGCUAUAUAUAUUCUGAUUCGGAUCAGAUCAUUCCAUCGAACCAUGUUGAGGAUCAUAUGAAGUCCUCAGCGUCCUGUGGAGUGACUGUGGAUAGUGAGAAGUUUGAAGGCGCCGACCAUGUUAUGGCCAUGAUGACAGAUCCUAUUCGAUAUUGGUCCAUUGUUCAGAGGUGCUUACAGCUGGAAAAUACUGAAUAA